ACACUUGACUUUGCCGUUCCCCUGAACCUCCCGCAGCCAUGGCGCGCCGCCACCUUCCCAUCCCCCUCCUCCCGCUCCUCACCCGCAACGCCCACGCCCCCACCCCCCUCCACCUCCGCCAUGCCUUCUGCUCCUCCACCACCGCCCCCACCAUCGACGGAGCAGCCCCCGCCUCCGUCUCCGCCGUGGAGACCCCGGAACAAGGCCCGGCAGCAACGGCCGCGGCGGGGACGGAGGCAGAUGCCUUGGAGUCGGCUCCGGCCCAUGCCCUCCGGGAGGAGGAGCCCCUGCACGAGAAGAUCCUCCACAUGAUCCGCCGCCGCAAGUGGACAACCCGCAUGGAGAACUCGGUCCGCCUGCUCUCCCCGACUCUCUCGGCGCCGCUCGUCCACGGCGUGAUCUCCGCCGCGGCCGCCGCCGACCGCGCCGACCUCUCACUCCAGUUCUUCCGCUUCGCGUACCGCCGCGCCGGGUUCCGCCCGGAGCCGGCCACCUUCGCGCUCCUCGUGCCGAUCCUCGCGUCCAAGAGCAUGCUCAACCACGCCCGUUGCAUCCUCCUCGAGACCAUGCCGUCCUUCUCCAUCCCCCCUGAAGAGGCCACGGUCGCGGCCCUCGUCGCCGCCUACGGCAAGGCCGGCAUCCCGCAGGAGGCCGUCAAGCUCUUCCGCCUGAUGCCCGAGCUCGGCAUCGCCCGCACCGCGCUCUCCUACAACGCCGUGCUCAAGGCCAUUCUCUGCCGCGGCCGCGAGGCCAUGGCCAGGCGGAUCUACAACGCCAUGAUCGCCGACGGCGUCGUCCCGGACCUGUCCACCUACAACACGCUGAUCUGGGGCUUCGGCCUGUGCAAGAAGAUGGAGUCCGCCGUGAGGGUCUUUGGGGACAUGAAGGACCACGGGGUGACGCCUGAUGUGACGACCUACAACACCCUGCUCAAUGCCUGGGUGCGGACAGGUGAUAUGGAGAGUGCACGAAAGGUGUUUGAUGAAAUGCCGGUGGCUGGUUUUGAGCCGAACUCAAUCUCAUAUAAUGUCAUGAUCAAGGGAUAUGUUGAGGCGAAUAAGGCUGAGGAGGCAGUGGGGUUGUUCAAGGAGAUGGGGGAGAAGGGGCUGAGGUUGAGCGAGAAGACGUUUGCUGCAUUGAUGCCGGGGCUUUGUGAUGACAAGGGGAAGGCUGUGGAGGCCCGGAAGGCAGUGGAGGAUAUGGCAGAGCGACGACUCACACCGAAGGACAAAUCGGUGUUUCUGAGGCUUGUGUCCACAUUGUGCAAAGCUGGGGAUUUGGAUGGGGCAUUGGAGGUGCAUAAGAAGAGCGGGCAGUUCAAGCAUGUCCUGGUGGAUCCGAGGCAGUACAGUGUGUUGAUGGAGAGCUUGUGUGCAGGUGGUAAGUGCGAUGGUGCUGUGGAGGUGCUCGAUGAGCUUCUUGAGAAGGGGACACUGCUUAGCCCAAAGAGUCCAGUGCUGGAAGCCCCGGCUUAUAAUCCAGUGAUCGAGUAUCUGUGCAACAAUGGAAAUACCAACAAGGCUGAGACGUUCUUCAGGCAGCUGAUGAAGAAAGGUGUCGAUGACAAGUCUGCAUUCAACAGUCUUAUCCGUGGGCAUGCAAAGGAAGGUGCACUGGAGGCUGCAAAGGAGAUUCUUGCCAUUAUGACACGCCGUGGUGUCCCUACUGACCCCCAUUCGCAUGCACUGCUUAUUGAUAGCUUCCUGAAGAAAAAUGAGCCAGCUGAUGCAAAGACAGCAUUGGACAGCAUGAUGGUGCAUGGUCACUUACCAAGGCCAGCUCUGUUCCAGUCUGUCAUGGUGUCGCUUUUCAAUGAUGGCCGGGUUCAGACCGCAAGUAGGGUCAUGAAGAGUAUGAUCGAGAAGGGGGUUACUGAGAACAUGGAUAUGGCACAUAUGAUUUUGGAAGCUCUCUUCAUGAGGGGUCAUGUAGAGGAGGCGAUUGGUCGUGUCAAUCUGAUGGUGGAAAAUGGCUUUAUGCCUGAUCUAGAUAAGUUGCUUGUUUCCCUUUGCCGGAAGGACAAAGUGAUGGAGGCACAUAAGCUGGCCGAUUUUGCGUUGGACCGGGACUUUGAAGUUACCUUCUCAACAUAUGACAAAGUCCUGGAAGCCCUGUACACUGAGGAGAAGACAUUGCCAGCCUACUCCAUGCUCUGCAAGAUCAAGCACAAAGGAGGUGCUGUAGACCAGAAGGGCUGUGAUGCUUUGAUGGAUAGCUUAAAAGCUGGAGGAUACUCAAAGCAAGCUGACAUUUUGUCUAGGAUCUUGGUGGAGAAUGGAUCGUCAACAUCCAAGAGGGGCAAAAAGACUGGCAUGGCUGCGUAGCGAGGUUUCUGAAUUCAUGGGAGAUCCUAUUUGCUUUUUUAAUUGAAGAAGAAAAGAAAUCAGCUCUUUGUUUGUUUUGUUAAUGCCUGUUGGGCCAUCUGUCGAAUGAGGAUUUUCAUCCUAGCAGACAAAGAUAGGUAAAUUUACCUUUCUCACGAAAACCCUGAUCUAAUCUUGCACCAUGUCUUAGAGAAGAAACAUGUUUAAUAGUUGAGUCAGAUGUACUUCUUAUGAAUUUAGUUCAGACUUACAUCUAUAAUAUGCUGUCAGUUCAUUCUUUAUAAGUGGCUGUACUAAAGACAGCCCAGAAUUUUGUUUUGUUUUGGCAUGAUCCAUGAUGCCAAAGUAAGGCUUUGAUCCACAUUGUUGCUGUUGUUA